UAAACCAACCGCCCAUGAAGUCCACGAAGCAAAAGAAGGCAGCUGCCAGCCUAAGCCAGCCGUGCGCACGUUUCUCGAGUCCCUCUAAAUACCCGGACCAGCCAUCCGGGCGGAACCCUAACUGGCACCAUGCAGAAGGAACUGGUCGACAGGUUGGAGGCCGCGGUCUCGCGCCUUGAGGCCCUCGCUGUCACCGGAUCUCGAGCGGUGCCGCCGGGCCUCGUCGACGAAGAGCCCGACACAGUUGAUCCUGCCAUCGCUGCAUUCGACGAAUUGGGCCAGAACUUCCUGCGGCGGCUUUCUGCCGCCGCAGAUAAGAUCGGGGGAAAGGUACAGGAGGCCACCAAGAUCCUGGCCGAGGCCUUCUCCGUUCUCAAGGAGCUCCUCGUCAAGGCCAAGCAUUGCCAGAAACCUGACCUAGAUGGUUUACAAGAGUUCUUGAAUCCACUUAAUGAAGUGAUCCUUAAAGCAAGUGCCUUGACAGAAGGAAAACGGCCGGAAUUUUUCAACCAUUUGAAGACUUCUGCAGAUAGUCUUACAGCCUUGGCGUGGGUAGGUUACUUGGGAAAAGAUUUAGGCAUGAGUAUGCCAACUGCUCAUGUGGAAGAAAGUUGGCAGAUGGCGGAAUUCUAUAAUAACAAGAUUCUUGUGGAGUACAGGAAUAAAGAUGCAAACCAUGUAGAAUGGGCAAAAGCUAUGAGGGAGUUGUACAUACCUGGGUUGCGGGACUAUGUGAAGAGAUUUUAUCCCAUAGGUAUUGUUUGGGGAUCGUCUGGUGCUGCAGUUCUUUCUACAUUGGCAUCUGCUCCUGUGGCAAAAGGUCCUCCAGCAAAGGCCCCCCCUGCCCCUCCACCACCUCCUUCAGCACCUCUUUUUACCUCUGAUGCUGCAACAUCACAACCAAAGGAGGGAAUGUCUGCUGUCUUCCAAGAGAUCAGCUCUGGCAAAUCAGUCACUUCAGGUCUGAGGAAAGUCACUGAUGAUAUGAAGACCAAAAACCGAGCAGAUCAAACUGGUGUUGUUGCUGCUACUGAAAAAGGUUCUCGUGCUAGUUCCUUCUCCUUCCGCAAAGAAGGGCCUCCAAAACUCGAGCUUCAAAUGGGUCGCAAAUGGGUUGUUGAGAAUCAGAUUGGAAAAAAGAACCUGGUUAUUGAUGACUGUGAUUCCAAGCAAACUGUAUACCUAUAUGGGUGCAAAGAUUCAGUUUUACAAAUUAAAGGAAAAGUGAACAACAUUACAAUUGAUAAAUGCACCAAGAUGGGUAUUGUGUUCACGGAUGUUGUAGCCGCUUGUGAAAUUGUGAAUUGCAAUGGCAUUGAAGUGCAAUGUCAGGGUUCAGCACCAACAAUAUCAAUUGACAAUACAUCAGGUUGCCAAUUGUACCUGGGCAAACAUUCAUUAGGGGCUUCAAUAACUACUGCCAAAUCAAGUGAAAUUAAUGUACUUGUUCCAGGUGGUAGUCCUGACAGUGACUGGGUGGAGCAUGCUUUGCCGCAGCAGUUUGCCCACAGUUUCAAGAGCGGUCAGUUCGUGACAACGCCAGUAUCACACUCAGGUGGCUAGGCACGUUCCAUCGCCACCUGUCCCAUCAUAUAUAUGGACGCGCGCGCGCGCGCGCACCUCUAUUUGUGAUUAUUAUAGAGAUGGAAAAUGUUGCAAAUGUUAUCUUCUUAUGAUUUGUGUAUUUGGGUUAUGGUUCUUGUCAUCUUGGUUCAUUUGUUUGUUUUUGAGUUGCAGAAGCUUAGCCUCUCAAGUAUCACCUUGGUGUUGCAGGCGUGUUUGUACUGGUAUUUGUAAGUGUGAGAUAUUCAAUUUCUCACUUAAAUUUGCAAUGGCGAGAGUUUGAUUUUGUUACAA